CAUCUUCUAGCGAAAUUCAGACAUAGCUGAACAGCUCACAAACGCUACAAGGCUACUGUUCUUAUAUGUUGAACGGAGUCGCAAGCACUCAGAUGUUCAAUAUAUAAGUGCAUAGAUUUGCUAGCGAAGUCGAAUGUGUUGAUGGCUGUUCGCUGGAAUAUGCAUACUUUGACCCUUGCUCUUACAAUAAGCCUCAUUCUGAUGAUUAACGGCACUAGUAUUGAAGACCUGAAAGAGUUUCUUCUAGGAAAAAAGAUUUGGGUCAAAUACCGAACUUACCCCAGACCACUGUACAUUGGUCGCACAUGCACAUCUUACGAACCGACAAAAGUUGUAACUGGUCAAUAUCACAUAAUCAGACGCUACAAAUCCUUUGACACUUGGUCAAAGGAAACGUUAAAAGGAUAUUUGAAUCAACGAAAGGGGAAAGGUAGUUCACCACCUAUACUGGAACUGUGGUCCAAUUAUGGAGAAGACGAUGUCUACAAGAUGAUUUAUUGGAAUCACGGAGACCGCUGUGCAGUAAUGAAACGGGGAAAGGAUCAAUGCGAAGUGUUUCAGUGGGGCAAGUACAUUGACACAUCACGUACCUUUUGUGACUUGGAAUGCGAGAAGCGCUGCGGGUAUUAUAAAGACGAAAUUUAUUCGGAAUCCUGUCAAGGGGCUUCCAAAAGGAAGGAGCCAUGGGAGUUGUGGUGAACGUCAGAUGAAGAAUAACAAAGCAGGAAACAAGCUUUAUUUUUCUUCAGUGCAAAAUAAGCAAUAAAAUUUGCCUUGGUUUUCA